GAGAGAGAGAGAGAGAGAGAGAGAGAAAUGUUUUGCUCAGGGCUUCAAUUUCUCAGAUUGGGUGGUUUGUGCGAAUGGACUCACACGCAAGUUUUACCAGGAGCCCCACAACAGUCAGGGCUGCCGGGUCAGAGUGCACUAUCUUAAACAGUGUCUUUUGAAGUGAUAGAUUCCUAGAUCGUUGCAGCGUACAAGACAUCUGGGAUAGCCAUGAAACAUCUGUUGAGAUACCUCGUCAAUUGUUAUUUUAGGUACUGUUUUAGUAUUCUCUCUUAAUUUGGAAAUCAGCAACGAGUGUAUACUGUGAUGGAGUAGUUAACAGUGCAGCUAUCCGAAGUGUCAGCACGUGCUAUCUCAUCAUUUCAUUGAGCCGGCAACGAUGUUCUGGAUUCUGCGACGAACCGGAGCGGUAAACUUAUUCAAUUCCAUCGGUAACGGAAACACAGCAAAGACGGGGUCGACUCAUAGCAAUAAUUCGGAGAAGAGUAAUCCUCGCCCACCGCGUAAGGCGUACGGGCGGCUCAGUGUCGAAUCAGAUGAUGCACAGUCACGAGUCGAAGCCAAGGCGCCGACGGUGGCCACUUACUAUGCCGGUCAACUCGGCAUCCCGGGCUAUGGGGGCACAUCGGACAACCGCAUCAAACCAACGGCAAACCAACGGAUCACAGGAGACGGCAACGGCAACCGGGUCUGCAGGGCGACCACUGACACUAGUGUCGUCGAUAGCAGUACCACACGUAGCGUUAGUCACAUCAACAACAACAACAAUCAAUCGCAAAGCAAUGGUCACUUUGGGCAGACUGGGCCGAUGGUGGACCGCACGCGAGUGCAUCAAGCGUCACGACACACAUCCAUAGCAUCGUUGACGGCGAGAGAUGGGCUCGAUAGGGAUAAUAACCGGAACCACGAGAACUGCGGCGAAAUCGACGGCAACAUGGAACUCGAGCUGGACAAUCACAUCAAGCAAAGGCAGUCCCUGUCCCAGCUACAUACGAUGGUGCUGUCGGACGACGACGAUUAUGAAGAGUCCUUAACCUGUAACGUGUGUGAUCGGUCAUUCCAUUGCCGCCGGCAGCUGGCAUCUCAUCAGCAAAAGAAACGACAUUUUGGAUGCAGCGGUUGUGACAGUCUGUUUCCCACGCUGAUGCUGUUGGAGCACCACAAGGAGGAGUUCGAACACUGGAGCGACUACGAGGACAACGAGCGGCUACCAUGUUGCCGGCGUAACCGUCUCGAUGACGAAGACUACAUGGACACUGAGACUGCAACGAGCGAUGCGGAGAGCGAAGAUUUAGAGCGGCUGCUCUAAAGCGUUAGGACCAGAGCCUGCAAGUCAUCCUCGGGAUCACAAUGUUUGGGAUCAAAUGCCACUACAAAAGUGCUGUAGAAUGAGAGAACGAUUAUGGAUAGCCCAUAAUUGUUUAUAUCAUCUGUUUGGGCUAAAUCAACCGUCGCGUAACCGGACACAAUUGUACCUGUACGCAUCUUUGACAUGCUUGUUUGAGUGAAUACUUCUUUCGUUGUCCGUCCAUAUAUUGUUGCAGCUUGCUGGUGGAACAGUGAAGAUUUUAUCUCAACGAUUCACCUGUUCCGUGCACUAGCUUGUAAGCGUCAUCCGGUUGUUCAACAAUAGAGAAAGAAUGUGUGUGUGUGUGCUGUGAGAUACUUUUUUAAGAAAUUGUAAAAAAUCGUUCAUUCCAAUACCAUUUAUGUCGACUGCAGUUGUAUAAAAAAUAUCAGGCGGGCAGAGUCGAAAACAAUCAUCGACCGAAAUGUCAUAAAUUAUUCAUACUCUCGCUUUUUAUUUUUGUUAUUGUUAACUAACCAUAUUAGGCAUCAACAACCAGCCCUUUGUUUUGAAUCAACUCCAUACUGUUCACGGAUAAGUUAAUCAACGAACUGGAAAAGAAACUUAACAUAUGUGGAAGGAAAACAAUCAAAGCAUCAGGAAAUGUUCCGGGAGUAAGGAAAUCCGCAGAGAAAUUUAAAUGAUUGAUUAGCUGGACAAGAUGUACAAGCAUACAUAAUAUAUCAAUAUCAAUGUUGGAUCGCAGUAAUUCAAGCACUCGGUAGCUGUAUGUCUACUAUAACAAUAACUAUCAAAAUGUUAAGCGUAGUAGCGGCAUACCCUCCUAACCACCUGUGCCAAGCAGCUACGUUACUCUAACUACGCAUAACAUCCAUAACUCAUUUCGACUAUGCGUUCGAACUGAGGGAAUGCCAAAGCCAAAGGCGAUAAAUACCAUAUCAAAUUAAAGUCCACUGUACUAGCAAUGAAACGAACGAUUUAUAUCCUUCAGAUGUGUGAGCUAGCACCAUACCUUGAAACAGGCAGAAUCAUAGGCAGUUUAGAAAAAAAUUGAAUGCUUAUGGAUCCAAGAGAAACAAAAACUGAAAGCACAUUUUUGCUGGCAAGUAACUAGCAACGUAAGGAAAAAGUAGUAAAGAGAGGUCGAGCUAUUGAUCCACACUAUAUACAGGCUACUAAAAUACCUGCAGACAAUCACAGUGGUACUGCCAACAAACACCAAGCUCUGUUUUUGGUAUAUGCCGGACUUUUUGCGCGUUUUCUAAUGCAUGUUUGUCCCUACAUCGCUACUACUCUGGUGUAUCGCUCAAUGACCCAGGAAAGCAAAGAACUACCGUUAAUUUUAUAUCCUUCUUGGGGAUUUGUAUAAUAGCCUCUCCUGCAUACGAAUUCUAUCAGCAUAUCGUGACCUACGAGAUACAUUGAUGAGUUUAUUAAAAAAAUAAAAAAAGAACAAAGAUAGCAUAAACAUACGGCUCGUCCGUCCUUAUAUAUGUUAAAAAAAAAAAAAACAAAGAUAGCAGAAUUCCCAACAAAAAAGUAAAGUGCAAAGGAAAUGAUUUGGAACGCUUCUAGUUCUGAAAACAUAAUCCAUGUUUAGAUGCAUAACGUUAUACAUGAAAUAUGUCAUAAAAGAUGUGUAUGUAUUAUAUAUACAUAAAUAGAUGUGAAAAGCAAAAAAAUCGACUUACACUAGGUAAUUGUGGGCUACACGAAUUUUAAAAUAGGUAAGGUACGGAUUAAUUCGUUGUGUGGAUGGUGAUUUUUUUCAACUUUUAUUUGUAGACUGUACCGCUUGCUAUAUUCCAUCCGAUUUCAUCGGUUUGAAUCGUGCCACCUUUAUCAGAUUUUUAUCUUACAUCGAAAAUGUUUAUUCCAAGAAGAUGCUUAGCAAACGGGUAUUAAGUAUGAUCGUUGGUUGUUCGACCACGCUUCAUAUUUACUAUUUGGUGCUCUCAUUUCAGGUUCGCUGUAAUACUCCAUAUUUUUAUUCCAAAUGUUUCUUAGCGUUUGAAACGCAGAUAGGGAGCUAAAGAAGGGUGGUUCAUGCCAUCAUUUUUACGUUCCAGCUACGUGAACAUAUCGACAAACUAUUCCCCUAAGUUCCAAAAUUGAAACAUUCUACAGCGUUUGAAUCAUUCCUGCUAUUAAUUUUCACUCUUUUUCCUCAUGCGGUCCUCUGAUCUUUUGGCGAUAACGACCUUUUUCUACCUUC